GCACGUGGUGGCUCCAGCCUGGGUCCAGGCAGCAUUUGAGGCGUGCUAGACUCGUCCAAGUCGUUGCGAUGGCUUCUCGGUAUGACAGGGCGAUCACCGUGUUCCCCGACGGACACCUUUUCCAAGUGGAGUACGCCCAGGAAGCGGUGAAGAAAGGCUCCACCGCGGUUGGAAUUCGAGGAACUAAUAUAGUUGUGCUUGGGGUGGAAAAAAAAUCAGUGGCCAAGCUUCAGGAUGAAAGAACUGUGAGGAAAAUAUGUGCCCUUGAUGACCAUGUCUGCAUGGCUUUUGCAGGUCUGACAGCUGAUGCUAGGGUAGUGAUAAACAGAGCACGGGUCGAGUGCCAGAGCCAUAAGCUUACGGUGGAGGAUCCAGUCACUGUGGAGUAUAUAACUCGCUUCAUAGCAACUUUAAAGCAGAAAUAUACACAGAGCAAUGGACGAAGACCAUUUGGUAUUUCAGCCUUAAUUGUAGGCUUUGAUGAUGAUGGUAUUCCAAGAUUGUAUCAGACAGAUCCCUCUGGUACUUACCAUGCUUGGAAGGCAAAUGCAAUAGGCCGGAGUGCUAAAACUGUCCGGGAAUUUCUAGAGAAGAAUUACACAGAAGAUGCAAUUUCUAACGACAACGAAGCUAUCAAGCUGGCAAUCAAAGCUCUGCUGGAAGUUGUCCAGUCUGGUGGGAAGAACAUUGAACUGGCUAUAAUAAGAAGAGAUCAACCUUUGAAGAUGUUUAGUGCCAAAGAAAUUGAACUGCAGGUAACUGAAAUAGAAAAAGAAAAAGAGGAAGCAGAGAAGAAAAAAUCAAAGAAGACAACUUAGUUCUUUGGUCUGGAAGCUAAAGUUUUUUGCAGAUUAGAAUUUAUUCCUGAGGUUUUAGAAGGAAUAAGUGAAUUGAAACAAACCAUGAGUUUUUCUGUGUUCAUCUUCAAGAAUGUCAGGUUUGAAGUUGUCUUCAAACAUAGGUUAAUGUUCUUUGAAAUUCCUCAUUUUCACACGAGCCUCAGACUGCAUUGUGAAACUCGCCCAGUAUGUUGCUUCUUGGCAUACAAGCAAAUUCUAGAAAAGAUGAUUUUAAAGGUUGGUAAUUUUUAAAGUUUGUGUCAUCUUCACUGUUAGUUAAGGAGCUAAUCAUCUCAAAAUAAACUGAAUACAAUACUGAGCUGCAUUCCUUGAUGAGUGGUAAGAACAUCAAUGUGUUGGUGAAGUGUCAACAAUUUGAGGAAAAUCCAUAUGUGCUGACUCAGGAGGCUGAGGCAGGAGAAUUUCACAUUAGUUUGAUAGAUGCUAAGAAUAUAGUGACAAGAAUAAACUCAGUUUGUUGGCUUUUAUUUUUUAAGACAGGGUCUUAUUUAGCCCAGGCUAGCCUCUAACACUCUGUGUAGCCAGAGGAUGACCUUGAACUCCUAAUUCUCCUGUCUCCACCUCCCAAGUGAUUAGAGGUGUAGUACUGACAUGCCCAGGGAGAAUUAGUUUUUAUCCGUAUUACUACAUAGUAGGAAAAUGAGCAUUAAACCACAAUGAUUUUCAUUUGAGAUUAGUGUUAUGAAACUCUUUGUGUCUGCCUUCUCUUCUAAUUUAGAAUCUAUAGGAGCUUUAAGGCUGGGUUCCAGAUCAUACUCAUCUUUGUUCUGACAGCUUGCCUAUGGUGUGACUUAAUAAAUGCUUGUAAAGUUGUUAA